AUGAUAGCUCCUUUUUGGGCGGACGUCAACAGCAGAAGGUUUUCUCAAACAAGGAAUGUCUUCUUUCAGGUCUAUGAUGGCAGUGGCUCAACCAUGUUAUCAACCUUGAGUAGCAUCGUGUCUGCCCGGUAUAGCAGCUUCAAUGCAGCCUGGGCUCUUGUCAUCACAUGGCGCUUUGUAGAAGCCCUCUCACCGGAUAAAAGUACAAACUCUUUCCAAGCUGUGCUUGUGACAGAUUACAUUCAUGGCUAUGUUAUCUUCAACUACGAGCGCUGCGGCAUGAACUGGAACGAAAAGCUCUUGGCAAACGACAACGUCAUCCAGGGCUUCACCUGCGGAAAUUUUGGCAACAAAUUCUACCUGGACAUUCCGAGUGACUCGCGUUUCCGCCCGGGAAAUAUUGUUGGAAAUACCGAGAUAUACGGGCGCUGGGUCCAGCGACUGGACAGCCUACCGGACAAUUUUGUCAAUCCCCGCUUGUUCUGUCGGAACUGGUCCAGCAGGCAGGUUGUUGAUAAUUUUAUCCUUUCCUACAGGUUUGCGACUGCUCACACUUGUCCAUGCAAUCUGGAAGUACUGCCUCGGUAUUACUGCUGUCAGGCUUCUACACUCUGCGGCUUGUACUACGCCUCCAGACCGCCCAUGGGUUGCUGGAGAUACCGAACACCAUUUUGGUUCUGGUUCUGGGGAGACCCCCACAUCAAAACCCUGGACGGAGUUGAGUACACCUUCAAUGGUCUGGGGGAAUACACAGUGGCUCUCGUUGAAGAUGACAACGGAGGAACAAUCUUUGAACUACAAGGCCGGACACAGCGAGCUACCAAUGUAGAAACUGGUCAACUAACGGAUGCAACAUUCUACUCUGGGUUUGCUGCAGAGUAUCCUGGAGAAGGAAGGGUUGAAGUGAAAUUAAACAAAAGGCAGAACGCCGAUGACCUGAUAACAACUGUCAAUGGAGAUGUUGUCACGCCUACAACAGCAGGAUUGCUAAUUGGCAAUGUGACUGUCAAAAGGGAUGCAUCAACUAACAAAGUGGUCACCAUGUUCCCUGGCGAUAUUCAGUUUACAGUGGGAGUAAACAACAGCAUUGGAGACAUUACUGUCCAGUUUGGGCAAACAUAUAUGGGAAACACCAAAGGACUUCUGGGUGUUUGGGAUGGCGACCAAAGCAAUGAUGCAACAAGACGUGAUGGUACUAUACAAGCAGCCACCGGUGACAACGGAGAGAUGAUUGAAAGUGACUUCUAUGCAUUUGGUGAAACCUGGCGUAUCACUGAAGCGAAUUCUCUCUUCUUCUAUGUGGGUGACGAGACCUUUGCAUUAUCAAACGAACACUCCUUCGUCCCAAGUUUCUAUGAAGACCUUGUCGCAGCUGCCACUCCGGAAAAACUUGCAAAGGCUCAAGAGCUAUGCGGGGACAACAAGAUGUGUUUGUUUGACACACUGGCGACAGACGAUGAAAGCAUCGGACAGUCUACAGUGAUGCUGAAUGAAAUGAACUCUGCAAGCGAAAGUGCAGCAACCAACUAUCCACCAAACAUAACCGCUUCGGAUACCUUGAGGGUGAUGGUUGGUGUGCUAUUCACAGAACAACUGGAAGCCAUGGAUCCUGAUGGAGACGAUGUUAUAUUUUCAUUGGUGGAGCCAAUUGAAGGUGCAUCCAUCACCGAAGACGGUGGUCUCUUCACUUGGACGCCAGCGGACAAGUCGAAGGUCAUGGUUGGUUUCCUUGCAACAGAUGGCAAGGCUAAUGCAACACAUGAACCAACCGUACAGCUCUGUGACUGCAUGAACGGUGGCACGUGCCUGUGGGAUGAAUUUGUGAUGGGCACGGAUGUUGUCGAAGACCGUUUUGGGGUGGUGCUAUGCGAGUGUGAUCCUGGCUGGAGUGGUGAGUUCUGUGAAGUGGAUUACGACGCCUGUGAGGACGGCCCCUGUUUCAUGGGCGUGGCUUGUUUUGACGAAGCGCCACCGUCGUUGAACAACACCUGUGGGCCCUGCCCUGAAGGACUUGAGGGUGACGGCAGGUUUUGUCAAGAUAUUGACGAGUGUGAGCUGUACCAAGACGAGCCAGCCAGCAGUGGUGGACGCGGCUGCGAUCAGAUCUGCAACAACCUCCUCAUGGACUACAACUGCAGCUGUGAAUCUGGCUACUCCUUGUACAUUGACAACAGGCGAUGCAUUGAUAUCGACGAGUGUGAAAUGGACCUGCACAACUGCAGCGUCAACGCCGUGUGCAACAACACCAAGGGCAGCUAUGAGUGUGACUGUAAGCCAGGCUUCAGGGACGACUUUAUGGAUGGAACAUCGUGUACCGACCUCAUGGAAUGCAUGGACAAUAGUAGCUACACUUGCGACGAGAAAGCUAAGUGUGAAAACACCAUCGGCUCGUACCUGUGUGUGUGCAUUGCGGGAUAUGAAGGUGAUGGCAAGACAUGUCAAGAUCUGAAUGAAUGCACAAGGACCCUGGAUGAUAACUGUCAUGCUGAAGCCGAUUGCACAAACACCGUGGGGUCAUACACGUGUGCGUGUGGGGAUGGCUGGACUGGCGAUGGCACCAACUGCACCAAUGUAGACGAAUGUGCCGCAUCGUUACCAGUCUGUCAUGAGAACGCUGAAUGUACGGACACUCAAGGCAGCUUUACAUGCCAGUGCAACACUGGUUAUGUUGGCAACGGAAUGAUGUGUGCGGAUUUGAAUGAGUGUACCACUGGUCAGGACGAUUGUUUGGCCGUUACUGGUGAUUGCAGCAACACAGUGGGUAGCUUUGACUGCAGCUGUAAGGAUGGAUAUACUGGGGACGGUCGGACAAACUGUACAGAUAUCGAUGAGUGUCAGGGAAACAAUGAUUGCUCUACGAACGCUAAUUGCACCAACACGGUGGGCAGCUAUCAGUGUGACUGUGUGACUGGAUACACAGGGGACGGACAGACCUGCGAAGGUCGAUUGCUAAGUCCAUUAACAUUUUUUACUUCCUUUUGCACAGACAUUAACGAAUGCACUCUUGGACUUGACGACUGCCAGCAAGAGUGCUCCAACACCGAGGGAUCAUUUGCUUGCAAUUGUAGCACUGGAUUCACCCUUCGAGACCGAGUUUGUCAGGCUGAAAUGGUGUGUUCGGAUACAAAUUGCACCCAGGGUGACUGUUACAGAGCCAGCAAUACAGACAUGUGCCUCUGCUACCCAGGAUACGCAAUCAAUGGUGAUAUCACUGUCUGCGAAGAUAUUGAUGAGUGCACAAGCCAGAGUGACCCUCACAUGUGUGGUGCCAACUCGAUGUGUGAUAACCUGGAAGGCAGUUACGAGUGUCGUUGUUAUCCCGGUUACACUCUCAAUAGUGACCAACGGACCUGUUCAGAUGUGAAUGAAUGCCAAGCCGGUACUCAUAACUGCGAUGCUAUGAGCCAGAUGUGCGUCAACGAUGAACCCUACUUCACUUGUGACUGCAAGCCUGGCUUCAGCAGCGAGAGUUUCAACGGAUCCUGCUCAGACGUCAACGAAUGUUUGAAUGACACCUUGAAUGAUUGCCACAUCGACGCUGACUGCCUGAACAAUAACGGUUCCUUCACCUGCCAAUGCAAAGACGGAUUUACUGGCACCGGACAGCUAUGCUUUGAUAUUGAUGAAUGUUCCUUGCCCACCGACGACCCGAACUAUGCCAACUGCAGUCCCUUCGCAUCGUGCACCAACCUGGCGGGCUCAUUCCAAUGCAACUGCACCAUGGGAUACGAAGGGGGUGGGCAAACUUGCCAAAAUAUCAACGAGUGUGAGAGUGGGAUCUCCGCGUGCGCUACCAACAGCACCUGCACGGACAACUUAGGCAGUUAUUUCUGCACGUGCGACGAUGGUUUCCGUGGUGAUGGCUUCACCUCGUGCGUCAACAUCAAUGAGUGUCAGGAGAACCCUGGCGUGUGUCACUCCUUAGCGACGUGCACAGACACUAUAGGGAGCCAUUUGUGCAACUGUAACCAGGGUUACCAAGGAAAUGGCACAUAUUGUGAAGAUGUGAAUGAAUGCAUGACCGGUGCCCAUGAGUGUGCAGCCGACAUUGCUGAGUGUAUGAACAAUGUCGGUAGCUACAUGUGUUCCUGCAUAGGUGGUUAUGUCUCUGCAGGCUUCCCAACUGGUAGACAGUGCGAUGAUGUUGAUGAGUGUGCGCUGAAUCUUGACAACUGCGAUACAUCGGUGUCGCUAUGUAACAACACUGUCGGUAGCUACAUGUGUGACUGCAAGGAAGGGUAUGAAAAGAAUGAAUUGGGCCAGUGUGAAGAUGUGAACGAAUGUGAUGGGACUCCAUGUACGAUGGCCAACUCAAUGUGCGCUAAUCUGCCAGGGACGUAUGAGUGCAACUGCAUGUUAGGAUUCUAUCAACAAGAGUCAGAAUGUCUGGCGGCUUAUUCAAAAGAGGCAUCUGCCGUGUUUGAAAUCAUCAGUGGCUUGGCUGUGGACGGUGCUGGAUUUAAUCUGGCAACAGGCUCCGUCACAUAUCGCCAGGAAUUGAAGAAUUCGAUGGAGGCAGCCUUCGGAGAUUCUUCUUUGAGUAGUUCCUUCAGGGAUGUAGUCAUCACAGACUUGACGCUGAGCUCGGACUCAACAACAGCUUUACUGACGUUGGUUAUCAACUUCCAAAGUGGCUCCACGCACUCGGAUCUAGAGAUCAUCAUGGCAUUGCUUGGCCAGCUGACGGGUAGCAAUGGGGGUCAGCUGGCUCCCAACCACCAGCUGAUCAAACGGACGUUCAUUAUCGGUGACCCCAAGUGUGAUGCGACGCCCUGCAUUAACAGUGGUGAGUGUGUUGAGGACAACUUGGCCACGGGAGGAUACACGUGCAGCUGCCCACCGGGCUACAGCGGACAAAACUGCCAAGUCGAACCAUGUGACGUCAACCCUUGUAUGAACAGUGGGAAUUGUGCAGUUAACUCUUCAUCAGACACUGGCUACACCUGUACAUGUGGUCAAGGAUUCAGCGGCCCGCGGUGUGAAACGAUGGCACCUUGUCAAAUGGGCAACGACUGCGUAAACGGAGCAACUUGCAUCAACGAUCUGAACACUGCUCGCGGGUACACCUGCAGCUGUGACGUAGGGUUCAUGGGAGAAAACUGUGAAAUAGUAUGUAAGCUGUCAUGUGUGAAUGGCGGAACACUGGAUCUUGCAGCGUGCACAUGUACCUGUGCCGACAACUGGGAUGGACUAAACUGUAGCGCUUGCACAUUGGACUGCAUGAAUGGUGGUAAUUUGAAUGAGGCGACAUGUCAGUGCACAUGCAUAAACGAUUGGAGUGGAACGACCUGUACUGUCUGUAGUUUAACUGCCGAUAGCUGUCAGGAAGGACAGAAUCUGUUCACCAGUACUUGUCAAUGCUCAGCUUGCCCGUCCACCUGUUCCAAUAAUGGAGUGCAGGAUCAGAAUUGCGAGUGUACAUGUGACAGUGACCAGAACUGGACAGGGGAUUACUGUUCCGAUUGUACGUUACAAUGCGAAAACGGUGCACAGCAGAAUAGUCAGACCUGUGAAUGUCCAUGCACAGGUAACUGGAUGGGAACAACUUGCUCUGAUUGCCCUUUGACCUGUGCAAAUGCUGGGAAUGUUAACAUUGGGAAGUGUCAGUGUACAUGUGCCGGUAGCUGGACUGGAACCACCUGCUCUGACUGCCCACUUGUCUGUCAAAAUGAUGGCACGUUGAAUGAUGAAACAUGUCAGUGUCAAUGCGAUCAAAACUGGAUGGGAAUUACCUGCUCUGACUGCGAGUUGAAUUGCAUGAAUGGCGGAACUCUCAACACUGCUACUUGCCAGUGUUCAUGUGCCCAGAGCUGGACUGGAACUGACUGUUCAGACUGCCCGUUGUCUGCAUCUAGUUGUUCCAAUGGAGGUGAAUUCGAUGCAGACUUCUGCCAGUGUCUUUGUCCGUCUGAUUAUUCUGGACCAACUUGUGCAGCUCCCAGUCCAUGUUUGUCAGACACCACUAUAUGUUCAGACACUGAAGGGAAGUUCUGUCAACCGGCUACCAACGCUGCGGGCUACACAUGCGAAUGCAAUGGGUUUGCAGGGUAUUUCACUAACAGUGACGGUUCAUGUACAAAACGCACGUCAUUCAGAUUUGGCAUGACAUUAAACCUGGCUUUCCGCAGUGCCUACCGUAACCCAGCAUCUGCUGCAUGGAAACAACUCGCCAGAAGGAUAAUUUCAGCUAUUCUUAACAAACUGCGGGGAAGUAGUUCCACCAACCGUGUGGUUGCGGUAGCUGUUUUGAGCUUCCGCGCAGGCAGUGUGGUUGCCGAGACGGCACUAGCAUUUCAAGGGCAACCACCCUCCGUGGAUGUCAUCAGCAAUGUGAUAGCAGCGAAUGAUGUACUGAACGAUGGUGUGGAAGACAUAGCUCUUGUCCCGAACUCUGUCAGUUACAUAAACACAUCAUUGUUGACAGACUGCACACAAGAUGGUUGCAUGAAUGGCGGAACGUGCCAGAGAUCAGGAUUCUCCCCUCAGCCAACUUGCAGUUGCCCUGCAUCGUUCACUGGUGAGCGGUGCGAAACUGAAGUGCCUUCGACACCAUCAGACUUGACAACAGAGACACCAACCACGGAGGGAGAUUGCCAGCUGUCUGCAUCAAGUUGCACGAAUGGAGGUGAAUUUGAUGCAAACUUCUGCGAGUGUCUUUGUCCGUAUAAUUAUUCAGGACCAACUUGUGCGGCUGCCAGUCCGUGUUCGUCAGGUAACCCUCCUUGCUCAGAGAGUGCAACCUUUUGUCAACCGGCUACCAACGCUGCAGGCUACACAUGCCAAUGCAACGGUUAUGCAGGAUUCUUCACUAACAGUGAUGGUUCAUGUGCACAACGCGAGACACUCUACUUUUUCAUAGAAAUAGAUUUGCUUUUCAUCGGUGCCUACGGUAACCCAUCAUCCUCUGCAUGGAAACAACUUGCCACGAGGCUUAAUGCAGCGAUCAUGAGCAAACUGCGGGGAGAUACUUCCACCAGUAAUGUGAUUGCGGUACAAGUUCUGAGCUUCAAGGAAGGCAGUGUGGUUGCACUCACGGCAAUAGCAUUCCAAGGGCAACCACCAUCGACGAAUGUCAUCAGCAAUGUGAUAGGAGCGGGUAACACACUUAACGAUGGGUCGGGAAACAUUCCGCUUGUCCCGAACUCUGUCAGUAACACAGCCAUGCCAUCGAAUUGCAUGCAGGGAGAUUGUAUGAAUGGCGGAACAUGCGAGAGGUCAGGAUUCUCCCCUCAGCUAACUUGCAGUUGUCCUGCAUCAUUCACUGGAGAGCGUUGUGAGACUCAAGUUGUAACCACGUCACCACCAGGUGGUGAUGUGUCGCCUCUAGCUACAGUUCUCAUCAUAGUCGGAUGUGUUGUUCUCCUGCUGGCCAUAGCAGGAAUAGUAAUGUGUUGUUGCAUGCUGAUGAGGCGUCAAUACCAAAUUAAGAGUCAAAUCUACCAUCAGUCAGGUAGACAGUUCCAAGCAAGUAGAGAACCCUUCGACUUUGAAGAUCGCAGGGAUCGCAGCCUGUCCUCUGACGAAAGCUACAGUGUAGCUGACUACAGGGAGGAAGUAAGGAGGAUGAAUCGUCUCGCUCAUGUCAUGAGCCAGUCACCUUACCUACAGUCUAUGCAGAAUCGCCCAGACUUCAUCCGACCAUACAUGGUGACUGGCAACGAGGCAUUUGAACGUUACCGCGAAUACGAAGCGCGUGAUGGAGGGGAUGUUGCAGGCCGCGUGGUGUACAAUCCCGCCCUCUACUACUAA